AUGCAGCGCGGGAGAAGAAGCCCCGCAACAAUAUUGCGCCAACUCCUCCUCGUCUCUCGAACGCCCCUCUUCAGUGACAACAAAAACUGCGCGCCGAAAAAACUAUACGCGGCAAACCCUCUGCCGUUGUUCGAGGACGAAAACGACGGGAAGACUAAAACCGAAUGGAAAAAGCGCAGACAAACGACGGCGGAUGAGUUAAAACCACCAACGACGAAUACGAAUACGAAUCAACAGUUUUCCAUGCUCACGGACACGUUUAACCGCCACCACGACUAUUUGCGGAUAUCUCUGACGGAAAGGUGCAACUUGCGAUGUCUGUAUUGCAUGCCAGAGGAUGGGAUCGAUUUAGCGCCGAAAGAUGAUUUAUUAACGACCGAGGAGAUUGAACGUUUGGUGAAGUUAUUUGCGAAAGAAGGCGGGGUGAGGAAAGUUCGUCUGACGGGUGGAGAACCGACGGUGAGGAAAGAUUUAACAGACAUAGUGGAACGAAUAUCGAGGAUAGAUGGGAUAGAACACGUGGCGAUGACGACGAAUGGCGUCGCGUUGAAGAGUAAACUUGACGCGUUGAAACGGAACGGUUUGAAGUCGAUCAACGUGAGUUUAGAUUCGUUGGUAAAGGCAAAAUUUGAGUUCAUGACGAGGCGAGACGGGUUAGAGAAAGUGUUGAAAUCAAUCGACGAGGCUAUUCGGAUCGGGAUAGAGACGGUUAAAGUAAACGUCGUUGUCGUGAGAGGGCAGAACGACGACGAGUUGUUAGAUUUUGUGCAAUUCGCGAAAGAGAAACCAGUCAACGUGAGGUUUAUUGAGUACAUGCCGUUCAACGGGAACAAAUGGGAGACGCGAAAAAUGGUAUCCUACGCGGAAAUGUUUGAUACCAUUCAAAAAAAGUACCCAUCGAUCGCGCGAAUCCCGGAUGAAACCAAAUCUGAGGUUGGGAAGAACUUCCAAAUCGAUGAUUUUCAAGGCACGGUGUCCUUCGUGACGAGCAUGACGAACCAUUUUUGCGGCGGGUGUAAUCGAUUGCGUAUAUUAGCGGAUGGAAAUUUGAAAGUGUGUUUGUUUGGUAACGCCGAAGUAUCUUUGCGAGACGCCAUGCGCGUAGAUAACGCGUCCGACGAUGUUUUGAAGGCCAUCGUGGAAGGCGCGGUGAAGAGAAAGAAAGCGAAACAUGCGGGCAUGGAGAAUUUAGCUUUCAUGGAAAACCGGUCGAUGAUACGCAUUGGAGGAUAA